UUAAAAAUGGUCGCUGAAAUUAAAAAAGAAAGUAGUAAAAAGUAAUUAAAAAUAAAAAAGACCUUGCUGAACAUGUAUAUCCAUAUAUAUACAUAUAUAUAGAGAGAGAUAAGUGAAAAUAGUAAGAGAUAAUGAGAAAGAUGAAGUUGAAUGAAGUAAAUCUAUCUAAUGUAGUAAAUGUUUAGUAUAAUGACCUAGAAUGCAAGAAAGCUUAAGAAAAAGGCAUGAAACCUUACACUUAUCUAUGUAUGUAACUGUACGUACGCAUUAUGAAUUUAUUUAUCCAUCUAUACGUGUCAGUAGAAUUUUAAGUAGGAAAAGCAAAAAGGAAUGUAAUAUAAUAACCAUCUUGACCACAAUGUUGUCAGACACUUGUCAGACUAAACUCUAAAUCUAUAAUUAUUAUUGUUUAAAUAAUUUAUUUGUUACUCAUCAAGUGCGUGAUUUAAUGUUCUUUUAAAAAUAUACCGGAGAUUUUAAAUUAAUGAUUUAUAUUUGAAAGAAGUUAAAUAAAAGUUUAUCAUAAUGCCAGAUAGUAUUGAAGAAAAUAUACGUCAAGUUUUAGACGGAUUGAGAUUAGAUGAUGAUGAAGAAAUUUGUGAUUAUCCUCUGGCACAACAAAAUGAAUCUAUUGAAGCUAAAGGUAUAAAACCAGCAUCAAAUUCGAGCUAUUUACCAAUAUGUCAAAAAACAGUAACAUAUAUAGUAGCGGCAGUAAUAAUAAAUGAUAAAGACGAAGUGCUGAUGAUCCAAGAAGCAAAAGCAUCAUGUGCUGGCAAAUGGUAUUUACCUGCCGGUCGCGUUGAACCAAAUGAGACAUUAAUAGACGCAGUGAAACGUGAAGUAUUAGAAGAAACUGGACUAACAAUGGAACCAAAGUCUCUGAUAAUGGUAGAAUGUGCCAGUGGUUCUUGGUUCAGAUUUGUUAUGACCGGUGACGUGACUGGCGGAACACUAAAGACACCUGAUCAAGCUAAUGAGGAAUCAUUGCAAGCAUCAUGGGUAAAUAAUGUCGAUGAUUUGUCACUUAGAUCUUCAGAUAUUUUACCACUCAUUCAACGAGCAAGAGAUCGCAAAGCCGGAAUUAAUCCUCCUUGGCAUCUGCCACUUCUACCGGUUGAAAAAUCAUGGAACAAACUUUUCAUACGACUUAUUGUUUGUAUAAAAAGAAAAGCGACAAAUCGGAUGCACGUUUUGAUAUCAGAAAAAUCAUAUUUACAUUUACCGAUAUGUGAAAUAAAUCCAAGCAAAAAUUUACAUUCAACGUUGCAUAAAUUUAUGGUCGAAAUUUUUGGCAAUGAAGUAGCUCAGCACCGACCACACGGAUUAUUAUCCGUAGAAUAUAGUGGUGAGCAAUCAGGUGAUGGAAUUUGCUUUACAAUAUUAGUAUCAUUUCGUCCGGCUUUAGAAGAAGUAACGAUCAUUGGUAAAUAUGUUUGGCACGAAGUUAGCAAAAAUAUUGCUGAUUUAAUUGCUACGCGGUUACCUCGUAACAUGACUAUACCAUUGAAUGUUGUUCGUUAAUUUUUUUUAUUUAAUCAUUAACUAAUUUAUCGAUUAAUAAUUUUAUUAAUACACAGAAAAAAAUUAUUUCUUGGCACAAAAAAUUAUUUGCUUUAUAAAUUGAACACAAAAAAAUUCUUGAGUCAAGAAAAUCCUACGAAACUUUUUUUUUGCACCAAAAAA